AUGGCAGCAAGUGAUGAACCCCAGAUUUAUAAAAAACGUUAUAAAAUUGAUGAAAAACUUGGUGCUGGAAAUUUUGGUACAGCUUAUCUUGUUACUGAUCUAAAAGCAAAACAUGAACCAAAAGUAUUGAAGGUUGUUCGAUUAGGUGAAAUGGAUGAGGAACAAACAAUUGAUUCUGUUAAUGAGGCGCAACUUCUAAAGAGUUUACAGAAUGAACAUAUUGUUAAAUUUUAUGAAAGUUUUCUUGAAAAUGAUUGCUUAUGCAUUGUAACUGAAUAUUGUGAAGGUGGUGAUCUCGAUCAUCGUUUAAAAGAAUUAAAAAAGCAAAAUCGUAAAUUAGAAGAAGAUCAAGUUGUUGAAUGGUUAAUACAAAUAUUAAUCGCUGUACAAUAUAUGCAUAAAUCAAGAGUAUUACAUCGAGAUUUAAAAGCAAGGAAUAUAUUUCUUAAAUCUAAUAAUAUUAAAAUUGGGGACUUUGGUAUAAGUAGAAUAUUAGUUGGAACUAUGGAUGUAGCAACAACAUUUACUGGAACACCAUACUACAUGUCGCCCGAAGUUUUGAAACAUGAUGGAUAUGAAUCAAAAUCAGAUAUUUGGUCAGUUGGUUGUUUAUUAUAUGAAAUGUGUACUUGGGAACAUGCUUUCGGUGGUAAAGGUCUUAUGAAUGUUAUAUAUAAAGUUGUAGAAGGAAAAGCACCUGAACUUCCAACAACAUAUUCAAAAGAAUUAAAUGAUGUACUGAAAAAAAUGCUUAUCAAAGAUCCAAAAAAACGACCAACUGCUACUGACUUAUUGAAAACUCCAUUUAUUGUUAAACAUCGUCAGAGAACUCAUUUAGAUGGUCCACUGGAAGAUACAAUCAGUGGUAAUCUUCGUUUAAGAGAAAUUAAUGCUAAUACACAAACUCCAAUCAAUUAUAGACAAAUGAAAAACACAAGUUGGUCCAUAUCUAGUAAAGAUCAUAUUCCUGAUGAUUACGAUGAUGCUGAAUCUGGUAAUAUUUCAUCGAAUAAACCUAAUGAAGUAUCAGAAGAAGAAGAAGAAGAACAAACUUUAAAAAAUUCAAAUACUAUCAAGCCAGCCAAACAAAUAACGGCUGAAAGAAAAUUACAUGAAACUAAUGCCCAUGGUCAACUAUUCAAUCAAGCAAUCCGAUCGAAUGUAACUGAAACUAUUCAAAAUCGACAAAUGAUGCGUGAAAAUAAAAGUUCAGGAACUAUGAAACAAUCACAACCAUUAGCAGAUAAUUCAGAAGAAAAUGGACAAGUAUUUAACAAUCGUGCUCGUAACUCGACUCAAUUUUCCAAUGAAGGUAAAUUUAAUAAUCGUACUGGUGCUAGAAAUACUUCAUUUGGUGGUAAUACUGAAGAUCGUCCUAUAACCCCAAUGCGGGGAACUUAUAAACAACUAGCUGAAGGAUUUGAUGAAGGUGAUUCAAAAUAUUAUAAUAAUCAAUUUAAUGAUCAUAGUCCAACACGUGAACGAGAAACAAAUGAGGCAACAUCAAAAACUCGACGAGCAAUGUCUGGCUCACAACGCUCAACAAUGAAUUCAUUGAGUCAAACUAUGGGUCCAAAUCAUCCAGCUAAUUUUAAUAAAGAAAGAAAAUCAAAGUCACCAUCAAGAACGAUUGGUAGUGCAACAAGACAAAAGACUUCAUUAAAUUUACCCAUUGAUGAUACUAGUGCUACAUUAAGAGAUGAUCCAACUAAAGAUGCAUUUGGUCGAUUCGCAAAAGAUGCAAAAAUAAAUGCGUUACGAACAAAAGCUAUACAAUUGUUGGGUGAAUCUACAUUUGAAAAAGUUUAUGACUAUUUGGUUCAACAACGUACAGCACAAAAAACAAAUCCUAAUUUUGAUGAAGCACAAAUUACUGAAGGUCUUAAAGCAUUUGUUAAAAAACCGGCUGAUUGUUUUCUUGUUGAUCAACUUGUAUUUCUUGAACUUUAA